GGUGUAAGAAGCUUAAAAAGCUUUGAAAGGCCAUCUCUUUUGUUUUUCUUUUCUCUUCCUAUAUGACAGGAAAAGAUCAUCGUCCUCUCCAUCUAUAUAUCAACAAUAAUGGUGGUAAACUGUUAGGAAAGAUAAAGGAUAGGUUUGACUGAAGAAACCGAGGCCACGCACCCACAAGCAGUACUUGUACUAUGCUCCUUUACAUUGCCUAUCAUGUCAUAUGCAUCGUUUUCUCGAUCCAUAUUUCUUAAAAACAACUCUUUGAAUUGAACUCCCUAGACAAAAAGAAUAGGAUUAAGGAGAUUCUUCAUCCCAAGAUCUCGCACACAGUUGGAGACAGAGCAUUCUUUUUAAAGCUUAUUCUUCCCCUUUAUACCUUCAUCUUUCCUUUUCAUCAAAUCUCUUUGUAUUUAUUUUUUAAUGAUUCAUUCCCUCUACCUAGCUAGAUAGCUGAUUUUUAUAUAAGAUAUUGUAUUAUAAUAUAUGGUGAUAUGGGUUCAUCCCAAGAUAUUUCCAUAUCUCUCUCUACCUUAAAAAGUCUCGUUCAUCUUUAGAAGGAAAAUGAAGAAGCAAAGUAGUUAAUUGCUAGUAUAUGAUAGUAAGCUAUGAAAUGCAAGCGAGAUCUACUCCCCAAAACUUUCUUUCGAAAAGAGUGAAACCCAAAAACUUUACUACACGAGAUCCAAUCCACAAAACUCUACUCCUGAAAUCAACCUCUCCUCUUUAUUCCUCUUUUUUUUUUUUCCCUUUCCCACCUGCCCCCUUCCUCCAUAAACCCCUACAAGCUCCCCUUAAACAUCAUCCCUUCUUCUUGUAUUUCUGUGCAGUUGUCUUUGCUGGUGCUACUUAGGGUUUCUGGACAGCACAAGAGGAGUAAAUUUAUAGACAUAUCUAUAAAUAGAUAAGUAGACUCGAUCAGGAGAAGAGAAGAGAGAGAGAGAGAGAGGAGACACAUGUGUAUUAUUUGGUAGCCGUAAUUCUCUAAACUAGAAGAUUCCAUCAGUUGCUUAAUUUCUGCUGGUAGACACAUUUUGAUUCCUCAAUAAGAAGAGUAAAACCAGUAAUUAUAGGGGACAGAUCCUGAAAAGGAGGAGGAGAAGGUGGAAAUGGCUUCUUCAUCAAAUUCUCCAUGUGCAGCCUGCAAAUUUCUGCGGCGCAAAUGCCAACCUGAAUGCGUAUUUGCCCCUUACUUCCCACCUGACCAGCCACAAAAAUUUUCCAAUGUCCAUAAAGUUUUCGGGGCAAGCAAUGUCACAAAACUUCUCAACGAAUUGCACCCUUCUCAGCGUGAAGAUGCUGUCAAUUCCUUGGCCUACGAGGCCGACAUGCGCCUCCGUGACCCGGUUUAUGGCUGUGUUGGGGUCAUUUCACUCCUUCAGCACCAACUUCGCCAGCUGCAGAUGGAUCUUAGCUGUGCAAAAUCUGAACUCUCCAAAUAUCAGAACUUGGGCAUCAAUGGCCAUGCUGGAUCACUAAUUGCGGCCGCAGCCGCUGCAGCUACAGCCACGGCAACAACGCAUCACCACCACCACCACCCACAAAAUCUGGGGAUCAAUUUGAUUGGAGCUGGAGGGGGAGGAUCUAGGGAUCAUCACUACCACCACCAGUUUUUUCCUAGGGAUCAGCAACAGAUGAUGAGGAGCUUUGACUCGGGGAAUAACUAUGACGCAAGCCUUCUUGCUAUGAAUGUCUCUGCAAGUAUUGGGCAACUUAGUCAGUUCCAGCAACCAAGAGCCGCUACUGGAGAUGACCGUCGCACCAUCGACCCCUCUUAGGGUUUCUCUUCCACAGGGCUCCACAUUGAAGGGACUCACUCUUGAUCAUCAUCAUAAAGAAAAACAACUAGAAAGUGAUGGGAAAUUCUAUCUCGAACGAAUUGAUACCCCUUUUUUAUAGAAAUUUUUGCUACUCGUGUCUAAGUUUAUAUAUAAAUGUGUCCCUCUCUCCUAGUUCAAACUUUCUUGUCAUUUUGUUAUUGGCCCUUGAAAGCAAGAUAUAUUUGCUUGCCAUGCCAAAAAUGUACUUACUUAGCUCUUUCAGUCUCACAGCAGCUAGCACCAUUAAUUUGCGGGGUUUUGUUUCUUACAACGUGCCAUGGCUGGCAGGCAUGCAUGGUCUAGUUUUUGUUUCUAUCCUUUGAACCUGUUCUAUUUAAACAGAGGCAGCCAUAUUAUAUAUUUGUAGUUUUAACCA